AUGUGCUAUUGUGACUGUAGAUGCGAUUGCGUAGAGCGGCGGCUGAGUCGCCUAUUCUAUCAGUACGGCAAAUUUAUAGCCAGGCACCCAAUACCUUUCGUCGUGGUGCCUCUGAUCGUGGCGGCCGCACUAGGAGCUGGCUUGCUGACUCUCACGAAUGAGACUGAUCCUGAAUAUCUAUUUGCCCCCGCGGAUAGCCGCGCCCAAAGCGACAGAGCUCGGUUGGGCGAACUCUUUCCAAACGAUGACGCUACCCAAUUUAACAGCGCCAGAUUGAACAACCUUGGUCGUUUUGGUCGUGUGAUAAUUACUGCUUCCGAUGGUGGGAACGUAUUGCGUGAAGGUAUAUUUAGUGAAGUCAUCAAAGUGAAUGAUUUCAUUGUUGACAUAAAUAUUACGGUAGACGGUGAAACCCUUCGAUUCGACAAUGAUCUAUGUGCAAAGUGGCUUGAUCAGUGUAGUUUGAAUGAUAUAAUCGGUCUGUAUAAUUUUUCCUCAACCAAUGCGGACAAUAUAAACAUAACAUAUCCUACGACAGGACAGAUAUUCAUCGGCGGUGCUCUCGGCGGUGUGGCGUUUUACAGCGACCAGGAGACAGUGAAAUCUGCUUUGGCUAUACAAUUGCAUUAUUUUUUAAAGUCGGGUGACGAGGAACUCGAAUUGCAGAGCGAUAUGUGGGAAUUAGAAUUCAUGAACUCAAUGUUCGUGUACGAAUCGGACAAUAUUGAUGUGGCCUACUACACCUCACAGACACUUGAACUAGAGUUGGAAGCAAGCAUUACUAGUGUAUUUCCUCUCUUCACCAUUACAUUUACGUUAUUGAUAACGUUCUCCAUUGUGUGCUGCAUCAUGGCAGACUGGGUGCGAAGUAAACCGAUGUUGGGUCAGCUUGGCGUCUUGUCUGCUGGGCUGGCUAUUGUCUCUUCUCUCGGACUGAUGAGCUACUGUGGUGUACCUUUUAUUAAUGUUGUAGCAUCGAUGCCAUUCCUUAUUUUAGGAAUUGGAGUUGAUGAUAUGUUUAUUAUGAUAGCUGCUUGGAGGAAAACA